CCCUCCAGAUGUGCGGCGCGCGUCGGGUUCCGCCCCCGUCCAGGAGCGUGAGCGCGCAGAGGCUCGCUGAAAGGAGAGCGGAGCAGCGAAACAUGGCGACUACCAACAAUCCGCGGAAAUUCAGCGAGAAAAUCGCUUUGCACAACCAGAAGCAGGCGGAGGAGACGGCUGCGUUCGAAGAAGUGAUGAAAGAAUUAAGCAUCACUCGAGCAGCCAGGCUGCAGUUGCAAAAGAGCCAGUACUUGCAGUUGGGCCAGAACCGCGGGCAGUACUAUGGAGGGUCUUUACCAAACGUCAACCAGAUUGGAAACAGUGCUGUGGACGUGGGCUUCCAGAUGCCGUUCCAGGACUCAGAUCUAGACACGAGCAGAAGCACGCGACACCACGGGCUGGUGGACCGCGUGCACCGGGACAGGAGCCGCAACGCUCCGCCGCACGGGAAACCCCUGGCGCUCGAUAAACACGGACGCCAGAUCGGCAGCUGUCCGUACGGAGCUGUGUAUCUUUCCCCUCCACCCGACACCAGCUGGAGGAGGACCAACUCGGACUCGGCGCUGCACCAGAGCACGCUGGCGCCGGCGGGGCCGCAGGCCGUGUUCGUGGGCGGUUCCCAGGAGCUGCAGCCCAAACGAGUGCUCCUGCUCCCCGUGCCCGGGCCAGAGGAUAUGAAGCAAGAGGCGGACGAAGGAGGGGAAGAGAGCUGGGACUGCAAGAAGAACUCCAUCUCGAGAUCCAAGCAUUGCAAGGUGCCAGGGAUCAAUAUAUUCCCCUCCCCGGACCAGGAGCGCUCCAACUCCCUGAUCCCAGCCACCCACAACACGGGGGGGUCGCUGCCCGACCUCAGCAACAUCCAGUUCCUCCCGCCGCUGCCCACGCCGCUAGACGGGGACGACGGCGGGGCCGGCCCGCUCGCCACCUCCAACAGCAUGGGGAACCUGGCCGCCGCCUCGCAGACGGGUCUGAACUCCCAGCCGGUGGUUUCAAUGGUGACGCAGUCGGGCCAGGACGACAUGGUUCCCCUCAUCCUCAACACGAUAGACCCCAACAGCCUCCAGCUGUCCCCCAACCUGUCCCCUCCGCUAUCACUCACUCAGGCCGCCAUCAACGCUAUGGCUUUGGAGCAACAGCUCUCUGACUAUGCCUUCUUCAGCCAGCAGACCUCUCCCCAGUCCAACCAGAGCCCACCACAGACAGGCCUGAUUCAGCUCCCCUCCUCAUUGGUCCAGAACCAGAGCUCCGCCUCCACAACAGGAAGUCAGACGUCGACGCAGAGCAGCAUUACUAUGGACAUCAACACACAGUUCAUGCAAAACUGGGAGGAGGAUUACAAUGCCUCCUCUCUGCACCAGUACCGCAGCAGGCUGGGCUCCUCUGCCAAUCAGUCUCCUACCUCCCCCAGCUCCAACCAAGGCUUCUCGCCCAUUGGUUCGCCUCAACAUAACUCCAUACUGGGCAGUGUUUUUGCUGACCUCUACGAACAGCAGCUCACAUCCAGGCAGACCAGUGCUCUCUCACAACAGCUUGAGCAGUUCAACAUGAUGGAGAGCCCCAUAGGCUCCAACAGUCUGUACAGCCAGGCCUCCACCCUCAACUACACGCAGGCAGCCAUGAUGGGUCUGACCGCCGGACACUGCAACCAGCAAGACCUGCAGCAGCUGGGCUACAGUAGCCAUGGCAACAUCCCCAACAUCAUCCUCACAGUGAGCGGCGAGUCCCCCCCCGGCCUGCCCAAGGACCUGAUCUCCUCUCUGUCCACGGACAUCAGCUUCGACAUGGACUCCCCGUUCCCCCUAGACGAGUUGAAGAUCGACCCGCUGACGCUGGACGGACUGCACAUGCUCAAUGACCCGGACAUGAUCCUGACCGACCCCGCCACCGAGGACGCAUUUCGCCUCGACCGCCUCUAACCCCCCCCCCCCCCCACACACACACACACCAUCCCCCGAGCAUGUUUUUUUUUUAUUUUUCCGUUCCUUCUUCACGCCCGGACCAGACCCCCGACUGUUUUGGCUUGAGGAGGAGCCUGCAACAGCGCUUGUGGGAAGCAAGUGGGACGGGGGACCGCUGGGGACCGCCGGGGACCGCUGGGGACCGCUGGGGACCGCUGGGGACCUCUGGGGAGAGAUUGAGGAGGAGGAGGAGGAGGAGAGGAUAUCCACCCCACGUUGAGUCCCUUUCAGUCUUACCCAGAAGGUGAGCAGGCUUGGGGGGGACACAAGGGAACAACACAGAUUGUCUUUUUCUUUUAUUGGACAUGUUGACCCAGUGUGUGGUCCCUUCAGAAUGGAGGUAAAAAAAAAGAUAUCGGGGAUAGCGGAUCUCGCAAUUAUAGAACAUGGAAUAUAUAGAUAUGUAUGUUAGUAUGUGUUUAAAAAAAGAAAAAAAUACCCCCACGUGUUUCUUUUUUGAGAUUUUAAUGUAGACCUUUGCGUGCACGUUGAUUUUAAGGGAGUUUGCUUUAAAAAAAACAUAUUUAAUAAGGCAGCUUGGUGUUUCCCUUGCUGGCAUGCCCAGAGCGAGCUGCCAAUACUUUAGAGUACCUCUCACCUUCCCCUUUUUUAAAUAGCAUUGGAACACCUGCUAUUGUUGUGGUGUGCUCGUCUCUUUCAUUACCCACUGCAUCUCGUUCCGUGCCAAGUCAGUUUGUCCGUCUGUGUAUUUGUCCGUCCGAGUGUGUGUUUCCUGUUAAAGUUUGAUUACGUUAUUAUCAUCCAUUCUGUGCCUAUGUGGUGUGGCCUGUCAGGUUGAAUUGGUUUUGUUUUAAACAAUUUCCUGAAAAGAAAUCUCUUGACUCUCAAAGGAGCUCCUCUGUGUGUUUAAAUGGAAAGAGACUUCAGACCUGGUUUCUUCAGUUAUGCAUGAGAUCACUGUGCUUGCCUGUCUCUGCCUUAUUAGAUGACUGAGUUUUCCCUUUCAAACACCGUUUAUGAAUAGGUCUGCACAAGACCAGAGACGAAAAUCUUCAUUUAUUCAUUUCAGCAAUUGUAAAAUUGUAAAUUCAUGCACUGUUUAGUUAACCUUUUUUUUUGUCGGCGGUCGGAACUCAUUGUCAUUUGGACUUUAUAUGGAAUUUAUUUUUCAUGAAUUUCCAAAGGAAGUAGGUAAUUUUAUCCUGCAUAAUCAUGCAUAUGCAAAAUAAUCAAAUUAUUUGGGAAUAUGAGGCAGAACAAAUGUAGACUUAACAAAUGCCUUAGAAUUAUAUAUGGGAUAUAUGAAGCAUAGGAGAUAAAACAACAGUUCCAAUAGUUUGGCUUUACUUUAAUGGUGUUUCAUUACAAAUACAGUUGGGCUGCCUACAUUUGUGGGGCAGCAUUGGUAAAAAAUAAUGCAUAAUCAAGUUCUGUUUUUCAUCUGAUUGUCAACCUGUUUGGUACUAUAGGAACAAAGAAACGUUCACAACAGGCCCAUUUUUUUUGAUUAUUUGAAGCCAUCUUCUCAGCCAGUUGUUCAUUGGUAUGUCUCGUCUUCAAACCUAAUAUCAUUGUCUUCGUUAUAGGAACAUCUAAACAUUUCAAUGCUUUCCCAUGCAUGACAUAUUCCCCCACUCUUGAAAGCCUUUUGGUUUCAUUGGGAUUUAUUUCUAGGCUCUUUGAUUUCAUCCAAUUCAUAAAUUUUUCCACAUCAUGUACCUCGGUUUUUCAUUGGUUUACACUCAAUUAGCUUUUCUGGAUUUGGCAUUGCACUUUAUUUUCUAAACUUGGAAACGUCAUGAUGUUAAAUUAAUUUGCCUUCCACUAUGAAUUUAGGUGUACUCAAACUGUUUCCCUAUAUUUUACCUCACUUGCCUUGUUAAAAAACAAGGAAACAAAAAAGUAUUUUUAAAAAAAGGCAUAUAUAUAUAUAUAAUAUAAUAUAAUAUAUAUAUAUGUAUAUAUAUAUAUAUAUGUAUAUAUAUAUAUAUAUAUAUAUAUAUAUAUAUAUAUAUAUAAUAGGUAAAUUUGUACAUAAUCAGCAAGUAUUUUUUGUUAUUUCGUUAAGAUGAUUUAAUCUAAGAACAUUUUGGGAAAUCCCCUUAAACUGUUUGGAUAGAAGUUUGCAAGAAUCUAUUUUUAUUGUAGAAAAUAACAUUGGUCAUAUUCCUGUGUUGCAACAUGACCGGCCUUCAAUAUAAACUGAACAUAAUUAUAUUAUAUAAUAUAAAGUGUAUGAAUUCUUUCAUUAAGCAAAACUUAAAUACCUUCCUGUACUCGUCAUAAGCUCCAGAGUGUAUGAUAUUUGUUAUACCAUAUCAUACAACAUCUUUCAAUAAUUCAAAAUGUAGUCACAAGUCUUAAAAAAUGUGGAAUCAUUUAAAAAUAAUAAAAGAAGAUGCCUGAUUUUAAGUUGCUGUUACACUGCAGUGUAAUCUAGAACAAUAUUUUACCCUGUUCAAAAAUUCUACUACAGUCUGCCAAACAUUCAGACCCUUCAACAAAGAAAAACUAAAAAUAUUCAAAUGAUAUAUAUAUAAAUGAAAGGGAGUGGUUAGGCAUGCAAAUACUUUUUUACGUUUUCUUCAGUCUUUUUUUAUUUAAUUGUAAUUUAAAUUGUGUAACCUUUUUUCCUCUUUAGAAUGAGUGCAUACAUGUUUUCCUGUAACAAAAAAAAAUGUAAUUCUGAUUUUGUAGGUGCAUGAAAUUUAACACAUAAGCCAAUAUUUCCCUUUUCUGGCUAUGUUAUCAUUUACUUUAUUUGACUGUCUUUUAAACUACAGAAGUAAGUGGUGGACUGAAUAGUACGUGUCUUAAAUAUUCAGGCUUUGUUAUGAUUGGUCAAAUCUUGGCACAGCAUCAUGUAUUGGCAAUGUUUAGUCAAAGGCAUCAGAAAUAUGCCAUUCUGGCUUUCCAUGCAGAUGUAAAUUAUAUGAUUUGGUACGUAUUCCUUUUCACACUACAAUGUAUGUGCUUAUGUAAUGGAAAAAGCUAUAUAUCUAUAUAUAUAUAUAUAUAUAUAUAUAUAUAUAUAUAGAUAUGUGUGUGUGUGUGUGUGUGUGUGUGUGUGUGUGUGUGUGUGUGUGUAUAUAUAUAUAUAUAUAUAUAUAUAUAUAUAUAUAUAUAUAUAUAUAUAUAUAUAUAUAUAUAUAUAUAUAUAUAUAUAUAUAUAUAUAUAUAUAUAUAUAUAUCUUUUUGACUAAUAACAAUGUUAUUUGUGCUUCUUUGUGCAAUGAUGUUAAAGUGAAGAAAAUGCACUGAUACCUUACUGAUUGUGCAGUAAUAUGUUAUUGCUGCAGUUUGUAUUUCAUUUUUGUAUUUUAUUUUUUAAUGUAUUUUUUUUUUCUGGUGAACUAAACAUUUUGAAGAGGUAUUGUAGGAUAUGUCUCACCGGCCUGUUUACCCCUUUGUUCUGUUAUACUUGAGAGUUUUUUUUGUGAUUAUGUAGUCAACUAUUAUUGCUUAUCUUUUGCCUGUUACUGCCACCUUAAUAUGCAUUAGUGUUCAGGUGUUUCUUGGUAUCAUGACAACGUUUACAGACUGUACAACGGUUUACAAAUUAUAGAAGUAUAAAUAUAUAUUUCGAACAGUUGAAAUGUUACGUUCAGACCCUCUAAUGCUAAAAUUGCUUGGCCGUUAUUUGUUGCAAAGACAAACUGUAUUUUGGUACAGGCACAGGCAUUAUCUUCUAAUAAACUCUAAAUCUCCAAGAGGCUGUUCAGGUUUACAAGACACUGUUAUAUGUUUAUGGUCAUUGCUGGUAUGAAUUUGAUCUCAUCUAUGUAUGAGGGAAGACCAAAAUCCUAUAUUACUUUAUUUCAGACUUUUUCUGUACUUUUUCCACACAUUUUUGCAACCAUUUCAAAUUGUCCAAUAGUGAAAUUCAUUGAGAAGCUAUACAAUAGAUUCUGAUAUUAGCCCGGUCUACUAAUGUAAAAGAAGAAAAAAAGCCAAAGUUAAUUAUCCCUUUAAAAUGUUUCCUAUGUUUAAGUAUCUUACUGAGAUAUCCCCUAUUACUAUAGGAAUAAUAUUUUCUUAACACACAUCUAGCCUACUUAUAUCCUACCUACUACACAUACAAAUAUAAUUUCUAUGUGAAUUAGUAUUUCACUAAUACUUUGAAUUAUUUGAUUAUUUUCUUGCUGUUAAACUCAACAGUAAGAAAAUAACUCAAAGUCAAUGUACAUAGGUCACGUGGAGGACAAAUCAUGCUUGUAUCUACAAUAUAUAGGUCCACUUGUACAGUUUGUCUGAGAAGCUCAACAUUAACAAGGGACAUUAGACAAACGGCUAUGAAAUAUAUACAUUCUGAGGACAGCAGGACGCUGAUUUAAGCCUCAUAUGAUGGCAGCUAAAUUGUUAUACAAUGUGUUUUCAUUUUGAGUACAGUGCUGCUUUUCUAAGCACAAUGCUCUUUACUUACUGUGGUAACAAGUGUGUACUUUACCUGUAGUAGUGUACUACACUUGUAGUGUACUACACCUGUAGUGUAUAAGCAACAGGACACACUGAUAUGUUCUUCGAAUAUGCAAAAUGUAGUGUUCUGCAGCACAGCUUGGCAAAUCUGUACUUUUUUUAACCAACCCUUUAAGAAUUAAUGGAUUAAAUGCGUUCUUCAAAAUGUGCUUUUUAUAUUUGUAAAAUGUAAAAUCAAACUAUUCAAAAUCUUGGCCGUAUAUUUGUGUGCUGAUGAAUUUGGCCGUAUAUGUGUGCUCAAAGAAGGUGAAACAGCCUUCUGUUGUAUCCGUUUUCGUUGUGUCGAGGCUUCAGUCUUUGUACCUUUGCAUUACUAUUUGUAAAUGAAAUGAGAUUAAAUAAAGCUGACAUGAUGAGCAGAA